CGGCGGCCGCGAUUCUAGGCUCUGCUGCCUCUGCAGGGCGUAUAAACACACGCGGCGCACCAGAGCGAUUGCGCGCGCAGCUCGUUUGACCUCUGCAACCAGCCGCGAACGACUGCAGACCGCUUCGUAUCGCGCAAACCAUCAGCAGCCAAGUGCAGCACCAGGCAGCACCUACAGUAGCAGCCAUGCACCCCCUCAAGAAGAAGAAGAAGCGUGUAUUAGCCGGCAAGUCAUUAGGAGUGGCACCGCCCGUCUUCGGUAGAGGCGGCCGGAGGAGGGUGCCGCCCGCGCGGAAGAAGACGCCUCCACCAGCACCGCCACCGCCGCCUCCUAAACCAGUACCACCAGUGCCGCCGCCCCCACCGUCCAACGAGACCUGGGACCAGAAGGCCUUGAGGGAGUGGCAGCUCGAGCAGGCUAUUAAUGAAGGCGGCGCGACCGCGCGCGACGCUUUGCUCAACUACCAGUUCGACGAAGAAGACAUACGGUUCGCGAAGCAAUUCGUCAAGGAGAAGAUCGAGCCGUUGAUGGAGGAGUCGAAGCGAGAUUUCGCCGAGGAGAAGGAAGUGACCUGGACCGACCUCGGGUUACCUGAACAGCAUCUCAAUUGGGUCAGUAAGGACCAACUCCCGGCGAAGUUCUCGGAUCGACCGAAGGACGAGCAGAAACGUAUGUUAGAGGACUACAACGAAAAACUCAGAGUUUGUGUCGCGGAGAUCGAGAAGCUCGGGAAUAAGUCUGAUAGGUAUGUGGACCCUGAGCCUAGGUAUGACGUGAAAGAUGAGGAAGUUUUUGAAUUACUCCCCGAGUCAGUGCGCCAGAAGACUAGGAAGUUUGGGAUUGAGAAGUUCUUCCCUAUACAGAGAGCAGCUUUACCUCUGACGAUCGCGGAGGCUCGGGAAAUGCACGGCCUUGGCCGGGACAUUGCGGUGAGUGCGCCUACCGGGUCGGGCAAGACGCUCAUCUACGCUUUGAGCGUCCUGAGCGGGUUGCACGACCGAAGGGUGCCUCGGGUGCGCGGCGUCGUCGUCGUACCGUCGCGAGAGUUAGCAAGGCAAGUGCACGCCGUGUUCGAAGCCCUGAAGCCGGAGAUGGAGGACAUACCGAUGCGGAUCUGCCUGGCGGCGGGCCAGCCCGACGAGCAGGUCCUCAUAGAACCGAAUUGGGACCUGAUCCCGCCGUCGCGGCGGCCGCGGCCGGCCGAGGGCAAGUGGGGCUUCUGGCAGCUCCACAAGUUCCCCUUCCCCGACCUCGUGCCCGAGGAGGACCGCGAGCCCGUGCCGCAAGGUGGUAUUGUGGACGGGCAGUGUGAUGUGAUUGUAGCUACUCCAGGUAGGUUGGUGGACCUCGUGGAGAAUUUACGCGGUUUUACGCUACAACACGCCCGUUACUUGAUAGUGGACGAGGCCGACCGGCUGCUGGACCAGUCGUACCAGGACUGGGCGCAGAUUGUCUUGGAUGACAUGCACCAGAACCUGGAGGGCUCGGCCAAAGUGACGCCCGACUUCCGGCCGUUUGACGCGACGACGCGACGACCCUACAACCUGAAUGCUCCCGGUGCGCCCCAUCCUUGGUAUAGAACCCGAUUGUCCAAGUUCCUAUUCUCUGCUACACUCGGAGACGACCCCCAGCAGCUGAACGCGAUGAAGCUCUCGCGGCCGUUGUUUUUGUACAGUGCCGUCGUCGACGGCCAAGAGAUCGUAAAACACUUGGACGGCCUGAGUGCCGAGCGCUUCUUCAAGGAUGAAAAGGCCGACGACCACGCGCGGAGCCUCCCGGCCGGCCUCACGGAGUCCGCGGUCUCCUGCGACGCGGCGUCGAAGCCCGUGGCUUUAUUUGCGUUGUUGGAGCGGGAGCGCGCGCAGUGCCGGCUGAUCAUCGUCUUUUGCAACUCGGUCGACACGGUGACGCGGCUGGCGCACCUGGCGCAGCUCUGGUGUUUGCGGAGGCAGUGGCUCGGGGGCGAGGAGUGCGUCCUGGCCCUGUCGUCGGCGGCGGGCGCGGCGCGGCGGGACGCGAUCAUCAAGGAGUGUCGGAGGCGCUUAGAUGAGGAUGACAUGCCGUGUACGGUGCUCGUCGCGUCCGACGCCCUGGCGCGCGGCGUCGACCUGCCUUCCGUGUCGUUAGUGAUCAACUACGACGCGCCCCGGGACGCGUCGAACUACGUCCAUCGCGUCGGCAGGGCGGCGCGCGCCGGCGCGACCGGCCGCGCAAUCACGCUGAUCAAGCGCGGCCAGGACAAGGACUUCGACCGCGCGCGGCGGAAGGUCGCGCCGCCGACGAAGGUGCCUCGUGAGUCCGUCGGUGCGCUGAGUUCGUAUAUCCCGGACUACAAGAGCUGCCUGGGCGGCUUGGAGGCGCGCUUGGGGACGGGUCGAAAGCUGCGCCAGCCCGCGGGCGGCUUCGGGCGCGGGUUUCUGAACGCACCGGCUCGCUCGCGGUCGUCGUCCUCCUCCAGUGCGCCGGCGCCGGCGCCGCGGCGGUCGCGCUCGCGGUCGAAUUCGUCGUCGUCGGGGUUCCGGCGCGGGUUCCUUGGUUGAGGUGUUGUUUGUUGUGUAACCGUGUGAAAUUUA